AUGAGCGAGCGAUCGUCGCUGGGGGUCAACCCAGCCACCACCACCUCCAUGGCCACCCUGACGCUGGAGGAGCCGGGCGCCGAGCACCAGGCCUCCCCGAGGGCCCCUGGCCCCCUGCGCUGUGGCCCCUGUGCCCUGUGGCCCCGCCAGCAGACCUGGCUGUGCGCCGUGCCGCUGCUCAUGGGCUUCGUGGGCCUGGGCCUGAGCCUGAUGCUGCUCAAGUGGAUCGUGGUGGGCUCGGUGCAGGACUACGUGCCCACCGACCUGGUGGACGCCAAGGGCAUCGGACAGGACCCCUUCUUCCUGUCCAAGCCCAGCGCCUUGCCAAAGGGCGCGGACACUACGACGACCACCACCACCGUGGUGAGCACCGGCGGCGCGAGCAGCAGCACCACUCCGAACGCAGCCACUGCCAGCACCGGACCGCCAGUGGUGACCGGCUCGCCCAGCCGAGCGGCCAACGGCACGGCCUCGGUGCAGAGGACUCGAACAGGGCCUCCCGCCAACCACACGCGCGGCAGGGGCUCCACGACGGGAGUGGACGAGCCUCGGUACCCUAACUUCCGUGCGCCAGGCAGCAGCAGCGGUGGCGGUAGCCCUGGCUCGGGCGCUGCUGCCCCUACCACGAUGACCACUACCACCACCACCACCACCACCACUGCCCCCAAAGGAUCCCCCAAGGAGUCCACCAACCGAAGGGGAGGGGGAGCAGGAGGAGGUCGGAUCGGACCUCCACCGGACACCACCACCACCACCACCACCACCAACAGGGCUCCCACCACCACCUCCACCGUGGCGGCCCCGGCUAAGCCCACGUCGCGCUGGAAUCACGGACGCUCCUCCAAGGGCUCGUCCACCACACGGCCACACCACCGCUUCCGGACACCAGCUCCAACCAACCCAACGCCACGCUCGGAGCAUUUCAAGCGCUGCCAAGACAAAGAUCUGGCCUUCUGCCUGAAUGAGGGAGAGUGCUUCAUCAUCGAAACUGUGGCAGGGGUGCACAGGCACUGCAGGUGUAAGGAGGGCUAUCACGGGCUUCGCUGUGACCAGUUUGUCCCCAAGACGGACGCCAUCUUAUCUGAUCCAACAGAUGAGUUGGGCAUAGAGUUCAUGGAGAGCAAUGAGACCUACCAGAGACAGGUCCUGUCAAUCUUCAGCAUCGCCAUGGGGAUCAGUUUCCUGGGAGUGGCUUGCAUGGCACUCUACUGCCGGAACAAGAGACUGCGGGAGAAGCACCGCACCCACCUCGCCGAGAGCCGCCACCUGCGGGACUGCUCUGUCAACGCCUCCGGCCUCAUGUCCAAAUCCAGCCCCAGGCCUCAGAGCGGCCUCCAGAGCGGCCUCCAGCAGCACUGCUGCAAAGCGUAUGGGUCCUCCCCUCCACACGGUGGCAGUCUGGAGCCUUGCUGCUCAGCAGUUUGCCCAGCUAAUCAGCUCCGAGUCUCACCCAAAGGGAAACGCUUGAGGAGCAAAUCGCUUUCUGUCAGCCCGUCCCAGAAGCGAAGGAGCUGCAAUAACCGCUCGGCAUCACACUGGACCCCGCCCAUCGGCAGGACUAGGCACAAUCUGAUUGGCGGCGCGAGAGAUUCCGGCCACGCCUACAGACACCUGCAGGAAGUGGAGACCCCAGAGACUGAGUCCUUGAAGAGGUGCAAAUCCCUGAAGGAAGAGGAUAAGGAGCCUCGGCAGCCGUCUUUGAAUAUGCAAACUGGGGAUUUACCCGUCCAGGCCAGAGAGGGGUGGAGAGGCUUGGCCAGGGUCCCGUGCACCCGUCUGGACAAGGGGACUGCAUCUUCGUCUCCCUCUUUCUCCUCCUCCUCCUCCUCCUCUUCUUCUUCUUCCCCCUCUCUCUCCACCUCUGCAUCCAGCUCCCACUCUGUUUCCGUUCCUAUAAUCCCGUUCGUUCAGGGACACGGCGGCCGUGCACCAGGGCCCGGCGAGCGCCGAGCCGUCCGUUUGGGGACUGACUCGGGGUCAGCUGAUUGCUCCGCCACCGUUCUCGGGUCCGUCCCCGAAACUCCGCUGGGAUCAGCGGAGGCGGCAGUGAGCCACAGCCAGUACCACCACCACCAUAACCACCACCACCACCAUCAUCUUCUUCAUCAUCAUGCGCUGGUCGUCGGGCCCUCUGGGGGCGCGGGAGUAGGGUCAGGGGUCACGUCCAAACACAAAAGCCUUGUCACCUACACCACAGCCUCGGGAUCCGGCACGGGCACGGCCCACGUGAGCACUGUGGUCUCGGCGGUAGCGGCGGCAGUGACCCCAGCGGUGCAAGGGCCAGGGGCUCCCAGCAAGCAGCAGCACCCGGCCAGACCGCAGCCCGCUGGGGCCAGGAGACCCCACAGCCCCGCCCAGCUCCCGGCUCUCCCGCCCCACAUGGGGGGCAAGAAGGCAGAGGGCAGUGGCCCCCGCGAUUUCUCCGUGUCGUCAACACAGAGAGACCCCUCCGCGUCCGCCAAGCACAGGGACGGGUCAGCCACGGCCACCACGGCCCACACAAGCUGAAUGGCUGUUCCCGUGGUGACAGACUCUCGCCCGCCUGUGCCAGAGAGAGAAGAAGGGGACCGUUGGCUUCUUCUGACAAACUGACCUAUCGCAGACAGACAGACAGACAGACAGACAGACAAACUGACAUGCUCUCGAGGACUGCACAAGGGACAGUAGGGGAGAGCGUGAUCGAUGACAUUUGACAUUUCAAAAACACUGAAAUAUUGAAAAACCACAAUGUGAAUACAAAAAAAAUAUAUGUAAGAAUUAUGACUAUGGUGGAUGGGAUGUUGAUUUAACGGAAGAAAAAAGAUGAUUUAUAUGCCACUAUUUAACAAAAAAAAGCUUCUACUUAGAAACCAAAUAGUGUGUCAUCUCUAUGUUGUUUCU